AUGAACACAAUUAGCGGAGGUGGUUCCUACCCGAGCCCUUCUCACACGUCUCUUAUAGAUGUCCUCUUUCCCGGUUUCAGUAUGGCCUCUGCCUCCGCACAGCAACUUCUUGCUGGUAACCUGGACAGCUACACUCGACUGUUUUGUAGCUUGGGACUUUUUGUCCUCUUCGCCCGCUAUGCAGUGCGCUAUGUUUGGGAUAUAGUGAGAAGUUACUUCACCUCAACAAUCUAUGUCUCGUACUACGACGAAGCAUACGAUAUGCUAGUUGAUUGGAUAGCUGACCAACCAUUUGUUCACAAUGCCCAUUCGUUGAUCGCUCGGGUGAGAUCCACGCAACGGACAAGUAAUCUCUAUUCAACAAAGAAAAAGCCUGUGACUUUUUCUCCUUGGGAUGGAUCAUUUCUCUUCUGGUAUAAGGGACAUUUGCUCAUUCUUCACUGCCAAGUCAAAGAGCACCGAGAGGAUCUUCGUAUCUCCUCCAUUGGUCUUAAUGCCAACAUUCUGAAAAGUCUGAUCGAAGAGUGCCGAGAAAAGUAUCUCAAGGGCACCCAGAAAAAAGUCUCUGUGUUUGAACACCGCGAAGGGGAGUGGAAGAAAGCCAAAUUGAGACCAGUUCGGCCUAUUUCCACGGUAAUUAUGAACACCGAGCUGAAGAAUGAAAUAUUAAGGGAUGUGGACGAGUUCCUCGACCAAGAUAUGCAAGGCUGGUACGCAGAACGAGGCAUUCCCUAUAAACGAGGCUAUCUUCUUUUCGGACCACCCGGUACUGGAAAAUCCAGCUUCAGUCUAUCACUCGCAGGGAAGCAUGAAUUGGAUAUUUAUACGCUUCAAUUGUCGAACAUUUCAGACAGUACUUUAACGAGGCUUUUUUCGGAGCUCCCCCCACACUGUGUUGUCCUCUUAGAGGACGUGGAUACCGCUGGGGUAGGGCGCAGAGACAGCGUCGACGCAGACCAAGAGAACGAAUCAAAGUCGGCAGUCACCCUGUCAGGGCUUUUGAAUGUGCUUGAUGGUGUCUCAUCACAAGAGGGCCGGAUACUCAUCAUGACCACGAAUCAUAUCGAACAUCUGGACGAAGCACUGAUUCGGCCUGGCCGUUCAGACAAGAAGAUUCAUUUCAAACUCGCCGAUCAAAACAUUUCUAUUCAGCUCUUCCGCACGGUCUUCAAGCAGUUGCCGAACCAAAAGCAAUGCAACGAGGAAUAUGAUGAUGAGACCAUCGAAGCGUUCGCUCGUGAUUUUGCCAGCAAAGUACCGGAUCAAGUAUUCAGCCCAGCAGAAGUGCUAUCAUUUCUUUUGGAAUGCAAGAAGUCGCCUUCUGACGCAGUUUCUUGUGUAGAAAGCUGGGUGGCGAAAGCAAAGUAUUGA